AACAAAGUGACAGCUGUGUCCUCCUCAGUGAUUGGUUCAGAGGUGAUGAUGUCAUCAGUGAAGGUGGAGUGUGUGGUAAAGGAGAGCGCUCUGAUUGGUGAAGGGCCAGUGUGGGAGGAGUCAGAGCAGACGCUCCUAUUCGUCGACAUCGUCGGACAGAAGAUCCACCGCUGGAGUCCAACGACCAAUCAGAUCCAGUCUGUGGAAACAGGUCACAUGGUGGGCUUUGCGGUCCCUCGUAGGUCAGGUGGUUAUGUUGCAGGUGUGGGCCGCAGCAUUGUGGCUGUCGAUUGGUCGGCUCAGACGAUGACAUCAUUGGCGGAAGUGGACGAAGACAAACCGACCAAUCGGCUGAACGACGGGAAGGUGGAUCCUAUUGGACGCCUGCUGGCAGGGACGAUGGGGAUGAUGGAGAGUCCGGCGGUGUUUCAGAAACAGCAGGGGUCACUGUUCUCCCUGACCUCUGACCUCACUGUCACCAGACACCUGAGCCAGGUGGACAUCUCUAACGGGAUGGACUGGUCUUUGGAUCAGAAGACGUUUUUCUACAUCGACAGUUUGUGUUUGACUGUCGACGCGUUCGAUCACGAGCCGGAAACCGGAGAGCUGAGUAACCGGCGGGUGGUGUACCGCCUGCAGGAGGGGGAGGGGCUUCCUGACGGGAUGACAGCUGAUGCUGACGGUCGUCUCUGGGUCGCCUGUUUCAACGGAGGACGGGUCAUCAACAUCGACCCCAGUACUGGUGUGCGGCUGCAGACCGUGUCUCUGCCGGUGAUGAAGACGACUUCGUGCUGUUUCGGAGGUCCAGACUACGCUGACCUCUACGUGACCUCGGCCCGUCUGGGUCUCAGUGAGGAAGAACUGAGACAGCAGCCGUUAGCCGGAGCUACGUUCAGGGUGACAGGUCUCGGGGUCAAAGGUCGUCCUUCUAACUCAUUCUCUGGAUGAUCAUCAGGACUCAACCCGAACAGCCAAUCACAGAACAGUUAAUCUUAAACAAAUAAUGAACAGAUGUAUUGAUUGAUUAGCAGUUAGUGAUCAAUAAUGAGUUUAUUAAUAAAUGUUUAUACGGUUAAAUACCUGUAUCAGGAAGAAAUGAUGACAGCCAAUCAGAAACCAGGAAACUGUAACACCUGACUGUAACCAGCCAAUCAGAAACCAGGAAACUGUAACACCUGACUGUAACCAGCCAAUCAGAAACCAGGAAACUGUAACACCUGACUGUAACCAGCCAAUCAGAAACCAGGAAACUGUAACCAGCCAAUCAGAUGAUCCGUAUUCUGUCACUUUGUAUAAUUAAUGAAAAUAAAAUAAAACUUGAGCAACA